UACACUGUUUCGGAGGGUAUCGAGUUGGAGGCGUCUUCGUAAACGCCUUCGUCUUCCCAUAUUUUCCUUUCUCCGUCUCUUCCUAUCUCACCUCAUUUCUUUUCUCGUCUUCGCUCUCGAAGAUGAGAGAGUGCAUCUCGAUUCACAUCGGUCAGGCCGGCAUUCAGGUCGGGAACGCCUGCUGGGAGCUUUACUGUCUCGAGCACGGCAUCCAGCCUGAUGGACAAAUGCCCAGCGACACAACUGUAGGAGGCGGUGAUGAUGCCUUCAAUACAUUUUUCAGCGAGACCGGUGCAGGAAAACACGUUCCCCGUGCAAUUUUCGUUGACUUGGAGCCCACCGUAAUCGACGAAGUGAGGACCGGAACAUACCGCCAGCUCUUCCACCCGGAGCAACUCAUCAGCGGCAAAGAAGAUGCUGCCAACAACUUCGCCCGUGGCCACUAUACCAUUGGCAAGGAGAUCGUGGACCUUUGCUUGGACCGCAUCCGCAAGCUUGCGGAUAACUGCACCGGCCUCCAAGGGUUCCUGGUUUUCAAUGCCGUCGGCGGUGGCACCGGCUCCGGCCUUGGCUCGCUCCUCCUGGAACGUCUGUCCGUGGACUAUGGAAAGAAAUCCAAGCUCGGCUUCACUGUUUAUCCUUCACCUCAGGUGUCCACGGCCGUCGUUGAGCCUUACAACAGUGUCCUCUCCACUCACUCGCUUCUCGAGCACACGGACGUCGCCGUCCUGCUCGACAACGAAGCCAUCUAUGACAUCUGCAGGCGAUCCCUCGACAUCGAGCGCCCAACCUACACCAACUUGAACCGGCUUGUCUCGCAGGUCAUCUCUUCAUUGACGGCAUCCCUCCGCUUCGAUGGCGCACUCAACGUCGACAUCACGGAGUUCCAGACCAACCUGGUGCCUUACCCCAGGAUCCACUUCAUGCUGUCCUCCUAUGCGCCGGUGAUCUCUGCCGAGAAGGCCUACCACGAGCAGCUGUCUGUGGCGGAGAUCACCAACAGCGCGUUCGAGCCAUCGUCCAUGAUGGCCAAGUGCGACCCUCGCCACGGCAAGUACAUGGCCUGCUGCCUCAUGUACAGGGGAGACGUCGUGCCCAAGGACGUGAACGCCGCCGUGGCCACGAUCAAGACCAAGAGGACCAUACAGUUCGUCGACUGGUGCCCGACCGGUUUCAAGUGCGGGAUCAAUUACCAGCCACCAACGGUGGUUCCUGGCGGUGACCUUGCGAAGGUGCAGAGGGCUGUGUGCAUGAUCUCCAACUCUACCAGCGUGGCGGAGGUGUUCUCCCGCAUCGACCACAAGUUCGAUCUUAUGUACGCCAAGCGCGCGUUCGUGCACUGGUACGUUGGUGAGGGUAUGGAAGAGGGCGAGUUCUCGGAGGCUCGGGAGGACCUGGCCGCGCUGGAGAAGGACUACGAAGAGGUCGGGGCGGAGUUCGACGGUGAGGAGGGCGAUGAAGGGGAUGAGUACUGAGCGUGUCGUCUCCCUUUGUUAGUCUGGUUGCUGUCUCCUCGUAUCGUUUGUGCUGUUUUGAUUUUCCUUUUUAGGUGGUUUGACACGCCAUUUUCAUGUUUUUCGGUUAUGGUGGGACUAACUAGGGUUUUCGUUAUGUGAACUGGUUCUUAUUUAUAAUUUGGAGUGGAAUCUCUGAUCAUGCUCUAUAACUAGGGUCCAGUUAUAAAAUCCACGGUGGGACGAUGUGGUUGGAUCCUAUCCAUAUUUAA